AGAAAUUCCUCCACGACGUGCACGACGACGAAGCCCCGGCUAAUCCAAUCUUCGCAUACUUGAGGGGGUUUGUUUCUGCAGGAGACUGGGAUACAAGAGCAUACUCUAGAAGGUGCUGGGAAGUGACGCAGGCUAGACUUGAUAAUUCGAACAUGUCGUCCAUACGCACAAGCCUCAUCCGGACGGGAAAUCAACUCUAUGUGGCCCUCCUAGCAGGUUGGGCACGGCUGGACAAGUCAUUCUCCCCGCGAGAUACCAUCCAGCGCCUGCAGAAACACGCAUUCAGUUAUUCCGAUCUCGCCUAUGUCUUUCACAUCCUUCUUGCCACCUUUUGGAUAACUAUCAUGGGAGUUCCCGGCUUUCCCCUCAAGCUCGGGAUUCCGCUCUUCUACGGUCUCCUCCUCCUUAUACCCUUCACCUGCCAAUUCUUCUUGCCCUUCCACCCUAUCGCCUCCUGGAUCCUCACCUUCUACUCCUCACGUUUUAUCCCCACCGCCUAUCGCCCCUCAAUUUCCGUCUCCGUCCUCCCCACCCUCGAAACCGUCCUGUACGGCGCGAACAUCUCUGACAUCCUCACCCGCUUCACGCACCCUAUCCUCGAUGUAUUCGCCUGGAUACCUUACGGAGUAGCUCAUUUUACCUUGCCCUUCUUCGUCGGUGCCUUCCUUUGGUUAUUCCGCCCUUCACCCGUCGUCCGACUCUGGGCGCGCACCUUCGGCUACAUGAACCUCCUCGGAGUAAUCAUCCAAAUCCUCUUCCCCUGCGCCGCACCCUGGUACGAAGUCAUCUUCGGUCUCACGCCCGCAGAUUACUCCAUGCUCGGCUCGCCUGGCGGUCUUCUCCGCAUCGACCAUCUCCUCCAUGGAUCCGGAUACACCGUGACGUUUUCGAAUGCACCCGUUGUAUUUGGUGCCUUCCCGAGUUUACACGCAGGAUGCGCGACGCUCGAAGCGUUAUUCCUCUCGCACUUCUUCCCGCAGACAACCAAGUUUGUCUGGGGGUAUGCUUCGGUGCUGUAUUGGGCGACGAUGUACCUCACGCAUCACUACCUCAUCGACGUCGUCGGUGGCGCCUGCCUCGCCAUUGCCGCUUUCUACGUAUUCCUCCCCGACGAAUAUCGCGGCCCAGGUGCACUGGCGCCAGCUCAAGGACUUCCGACGAAUGGAUAUCAGUACGUGAAUGGAGGUUCACAGAGGUCAAAGUAUGAGAUUUAUGAUCUCGAGGCUCCGAGGACGAGAGGCUUAGGAAUCGGGGGAGGAGGAAGGGGAAACUCAUCCAUGAUCACGGACGCAGCCGAUUUCGACCUCGCAUCUGACGUUUCCUCGCCGUCAGACGACGAAGGCGACGUCGGGAUCGCGUAUCGUUCACCUGCGAUCCCAUCCACGCCCCAAUCUAGCGUACCUUUGAUGGGUGGCCACAGUGGAGCACAUGCGGGGAAGGGGAAGGGUCAGAAUGGGUCAGCGGUGGGGGGAGGACAGCCGAGGAGGAGUCAUAAGCAUACGGCGAGCAUUGCGAGUUUGAUUAGGGCGGAUGAGAGGACUGAGGAGGGUUGGAGUCCGAUUGCGACAGGUGGGUUCGUGAUCCCGCCUACGCCGACGAGGGCUGAGAGGGAGGCUGGGAGUGGGAGGUCGUAGUUUCUAGGACGGCUUGAUGGCGUCAGGAGGAUGUGGUCGAGAGAGUAGAUCAUCGGAUGAGAGAUGUUUCAUUGGUUUUUCUUUGAUUUGAAUUCUGUCCGUUUGCGUGUUUAUCUUCGUGCGGCCGCUUCAAUGCAUAUUUAUACGGUUCAUCCAGUCAAACCUCCCAAAAACACUUCACCUGCGUCGAGAUCCACGAUCACUCUUGCCUAGCACACUGUCCUCCUCUCCUUCUCGUCACUCUUUAGUACCAAUUUAUUUGUCUUUCUUUCUGUUUCUUGGCUUUUGCCCUCAUCCACUUUUUUUGCGCACUAUAAUUCCCCGUCUCAUCGAUUCCCGUGAUGGUUUCAUGCCCAGGGUGGCACGACUAUCAAUCGCAUUCCACAUCCCCCACUCGCUACUGCAUUGAUACUUCCUCUAAUCUUCGAUAUAUACACGAUUCAUACGCACGCU